GAUGCAAGAUAACAUGGAAAUCUUGGAGGGAGAGAACGAUGAACCUGAAUUUAUCACUCAUAUAUCAACAUCUAAUGAGUGGACUAAUUUCCGGAAUACUCUUUCUCAAGGGAUGUAUAAUAGCUAUAGAGCUAGAGGCCACUAAGGUAUGGACAACAUGGAUAGCUCAAGUGUUGCACGUGGCAGGGGGAAAAACAAAAGAAAGUGGACAACAAUGGAGGACGAUGAGCUAGUCAAUGCUCUCUAUGAUAUGUCAUUGGAUCCACGGUGGAAAGGUGAUAAUGGUUUCAAGAAUGGGUAUUCCUCAGUGCUGGAAAGUAGGUUGGCUGAAAAGGUACCUGGUUGUGGUCUUAGUGCUGCCCCACACAUUGAGUCAAGGGUGAGAUACUUUAGGACCAAGUAUGGAGCAAUUGAAGUUAUGCUUAAAAGAAGUGGGUUUUCUUGGGAUGAGAAUAGGAAAAUGAUCCAGUGUGAAAAGCAAUCAUACGAGGAACAUUGUAAGCUUCACAAUGAGGCCAAGGGCUUGUAUGGUGUGCCGUUCCCUUAUUUUGAUAAGUUGGCUGCAAUUUAUAGCAAAGAUAUAGCUACUGGGGAGGGUGCGGAAGGUUUUGGCGAAGCUAUAACAAAUUUGCAGAAUGAGAUUGUCAUCGAGGAUGUGAUGAAUGAUGAAGAGGAAGAUGACAGAACGUCAAGAGAGACACCUAGACGGUCUGUUGACAGCCAUGUCACCGCUGAUUCUACAAACUCUAAGAAGAUAAAGAAAGCCAGCUGA